AUGAUGAUUAGACUCAGUAUAUUUCUUGUGUUUACGGUUCUUCGUAUUCAAGCUGCUGCUGUCGUCGAUCCUGUUGUAACUAAUGUUGAUCCUAAACAUGAAUUGCUUACAGAAAUAACUGGCAGAUAUCGGGUAGCAGCGCGACAUUUGCGUGAAACUCAAUCGACAUUACCGUUUGAAUUACAAUUUCCCGUUCAUGACAUUCUCAAAGUCGAUGGUGCAACCAAUGAGCUCGUCAUUCGAGCAACGAUUCGUCUAGAUUAUCAAUUCGAAUUUCUUCAUUGGGAUUCGAAUGAUACGCGUAGUCGCUAUCGCGAUAUCGAAGAAAUUAUUCUAUCUAAAACAACACUACAGUCACUUUGGCUACCAGAUGUACGAUUUACCGACGAAGAUUCAAUUUCGUUUACGAUUGAACGUGAAUCGGCGAAAAUCAAUCGUGAUGGUUUUGUCACAUGGACACGCCGAGGCUUGUUCACCAUUGCCUCUUCUAUCGAUUUAACUUACUAUCCAUUUGAUCGUCAAUAUUUUCAUUUCAACAUGCAAAACAGCCAAAAAUCUGUUAAAUUAAAUUAUCAAAAAAAUAUUCAUAGCUCAUCGACAACAUCGAAUAUUCAUUUGGCACGUUCGGCAAGCGUAUGGACAGCAUUGUUCGGUAGUACAGAAGCGAAUACAAAUCUGACAACAAUACCAUUGAGCGUUCAAUUGAAUGAUCAGCCGAUAAAACCGAGUUCGUCUCGUGGCUGGUUUGUACGAACGAUUAAUAUUGAACCGAAAAUAAAUUCAAACGAAAAUGGAAGUUUUGAAAAUUUAACAAUUCAUUUUUCCAUUCAACGCCGUCGAGAAUCUCACAUUUACACGAUGAUUUUGCCGACAUUGUUUUUUUCAUUUUUCAUUUUCAUCUUCUAUUUUGCUCCUGUCGAAGCUCAUCAACGAUUAAUCAUUGGCCUAUUAAAUACAUUUGCAACGUUGAUGUUUCUUAUCUAUGUCGAUAGAAGCCUUUCCGCCGAACAACUAUCGCAUAGUCCAUUAAUAAUACAAUAUUUAACAAUAUUAUUUAUGAUUGAAGCAUUAUCAUUGUUUUUCGAUCAUAUUAUUCAUUCAAUAUUUUACGGUGGAAUCAAUUUUAUAUCGAAUUGGUUGCGUAGCCGACAUAAAUAUGACACUCAACAGCAGCAGCCGGCACGCUUAUCACGUGUUACCAUGUUAACACGGGCAUUGAAUAAUCGUUUGAAUUCGAAUUCUCUAGAAAGUGAUGGGCAAAUAAGCGGACCAACGGAUAUAUUAAUGAAACAAUUAAUUGAUCGCGAAGAAUCAUUGAAAUUCGAAGACAAUGAACGUUACCAAUGGCGUAAACGAGCCCGACUCAGUGAAUGCUUAUGUUGUUGGUUUUUCUUUGCUAUUGUUAUUGCUGCUGCUAUAUGCGUUUUUCUCAUCAUACCCACGAUGGGGUUAAAAAAAUAA